AUAAUCAACCAUUUUCUCUACAAAUAGGGCUAAAGAGGUCACAGGGGAACUCACUCCUCUCUCAAACCCCUAUUUUCUCAAGAUAAGCAUUAAUUAUCAGAGGUAGAAAGAAUGGCUGAGGCGGCACCAACUGAGGCGUCUAGUUUGGUCGGAAAGCUUGAGACAGAAGUGGAGAUCAAAGCUUCGGCUGGAAAGUUUCAUCACAUGUUUGCAGGAAGACCACAUCAUGUCUCCAAAGCAUCUCCAGGUAACAUUCAAGGUUGUGACCUGCAUGAAGGGGACUGGGGCAAAGUCGGCUCUAUCGUCUACUGGAACUACGUUCAUGACGGGGAGGCCAAGGUGGCAAAGGAGAGGAUCGAGGCAGUGGAGCCGGAGAAGAACUUGAUCACGUUCAGGGUUAUAGAAGGUGAUCUGAUGAAAGAGUACAAAAGCUUCUUGCUCACGAUCCAGGUGACCCCUAAGCAUGGAGGGCCGGGGAGUAUUGUGCACUGGCACCUUGAGUACGAGAAGAUUAGCGAGGAGGUUGCUCAUCCCGAGACUCUCCUCCAGUUCUGUGUUGAAGUCUCCAAAGAGAUCGACGAACAUCUCUUGUCUGAGGAAUAGAGGAGAGUACCCCUCGUGUAAAAAUCCUAUCAGUACUUGUAUGUGCGGUUGAGCAUUUCGAUUUCAGUCUUUGAAAAUUUAAUAACUAAAAAAGUGUUUAAAAGUAUAUAUAUAUAUAUAUAUAUAUAUAUAUGAUGAAUUCUGUUAUUUACUAUGUGUAAGUGUUUCAUGUUUGUCUUUAGUGAAGCUAUAAAUCAUGUGAUAUAUGUUUUGAUCAAUAAGCCUCGUUUUCUGCUUUCAUAGCUUUUUAUAUUCAUUUUUAUCAGGCAUUUUCAAUCCAUUAUUAUUUUCAUCUCUAUAAUAGUAUUUAAAGAUGAAAAUUUUCCAAUUCAUUUUUUUCUGUAAUAGAGAUUUUCCUUUUUUCUUUUUUUUGGAAAUUAAUAUUUUAGAAAAAUAUAUUGGAACAUUGCUGUUUUAAAUAAAUAUAUUGAAACAUAUAUCAUCUCUAUUAUAGAGUUUCUGUAUUUUAAAUGUGAAAAUAGCAAAAUACAUUGAAAAUGAUCUCAAUAACACUUUUAAUGGUCUCAAUAACACUUAAAUAUACGUGGAUUUGAAUAUAGGUUGACAUUACGAUACUAACACACACAAAUUAAUCAAGCGAGCAUACGAAGACAAUGAUAAACGUACAAGAAAGUAUCAAUAGUAGUCAAAUGGUUCUCUUCAGGGACAUCCGAUAAAAUUGGAACGGUACAGAGAAGAUUAGCAUGGCCCCUGCGCAAGGAUGACACGCACAAAUCGAGAAAUGGUCCAAAUUUUU